UGCUUCCUACCUUUCUGUCAGGCUUCUCAUUAGCAGGAGCAUGCAGCCCGUGCAGCUGGAGCUUUGAUGCCUCCCUCACUAUCAUUUCCUACUCAGAAGAUUCCCAUUCAUUCUGAUUUGGUACCCAGCCCAAAGCUCUGGCUCCCCCCCUGAGCCCCUCGGCAUGGCUACAGGACUCCAGUUUAGUAUGCACUGGAAGAGACGAGCUGAUGCUCCCGCGCUAGACCUCCCGGCUGCUGGUUGGAGCCAUAAGGGAUCGGGAGGAAGAAUUAGCCUGUGUGUUUAUGUGGCUGUGCUCCAGUAAAUAUUUUGAUGCAUCUGCUGCCAGCUCUGGUCUGAGGGAAUCUACCUAGCAUUUAAAUUUUGAUGGGGAGCUGUUUUGAAUAAUAACAGUGCAGCCGGCUCUGAGUCAGUGCAUGUGUGUUGACUUAAAAAAAAGCCCUCAAAGCUUAACGCUUGCUGAACGCUGAGCUGCAGUGCUUCGUUUUUUCCCUCCUCCUUUCUUCUUUUCUUUCUUCUCUUGACUUCCUCUGUUUUGUUUUGUUCUUGGGGGCAUUUCCCACCAAUUGUGUUCACUGGCAGUGGAGGGCUGGGGGGAGAAGAAUUCGAAAAAUAACCCCAGCCAAAAUAAAUCCUCCUCAAAAACUCAGAAGUAGCUUUUGCAAUGGGUGCUGUAAUGGGUACGUUCUCCUCUCUACAAACAAAACAAAGAAGACCAUCAAAAGUUGUGUGACCACUGUGACACCAAGUGACUCUAGCGGAGAGCAUGUCCCCAGGGAAGCAGUUAUUCACUACAUUGUAUAAAAUUGAAGAUGAAUUAGAAAUGACUACAGUGUGCCAUAGACCUGAAGGACUGGAACAGCUUGAAGCACAAACCAAUUUCACUAAAAGAGAACUUCAAGUGCUUUACAGAGGAUUUAAAAAUGAAUGUCCUAGUGGGGUUGUUAAUGAAGAGGCAUUUAAACAGAUCUAUGCACAGUUUUUUCCUCAUGGAGAUGCUAGCAUGUAUGCGCAUUAUCUCUUUAAUGCUUUUGACACUGCACAAAAUGGCUCAGUGAAAUUUGAGGAUUUUGUGAUGGCAUUGUCCAUUCUGUUACGGGGAACUGCUCAUGAAAAGCUAAGAUGGACAUUUAACCUGUACGACAUAAAUAAGGAUGGCUACAUAAACAAGGAGGAAAUGACAGAUAUCGUAAAGGCAAUUUAUGAUAUGAUGGGAAAGUACACCUACCCAGUGCUCAAGGAAGAUGCACCAAGGCAGCAUGUAGAAGUAUUCUUCCAGAAAAUGGAUAAAAACAAAGAUGGUGUUGUAACUUUAGAUGAGUUUAUUGAAUCGUGUCAAGAGGAUGACAAUAUCAUGCGGUCCUUACAGCUCUUUGAGAACGUGAUGUAACGGUGCCUGGUGAGCGCUGGAGGAGUCAGAGACUUUCUGUGUAACAGAGAUCUCCCUUCUGGGUGAAAGCUUUUUACAGUUGAGCCAUGUUCAGUGUGUGAGGAUUUUGUAUGACACAUCCAACCAAAUGGGAACUGAAUGCAACCGAUCCCACCUCUUCUCUGCAGGAGACACCGGUGGACCUUUGUUUCAUUUUGGAAGCAUGUGAAUAUUUUAAUAAACCCUGACAAGAGAGAACUGUUGCUCGAAGUUCAAUGAGUAAUCUACAGUGUUGUUUGCUAGGCACAAGUCCUGCUUUUAAUCUAGCAAGCUUGAUUACCUAUGAUAGCACAUGCCAAUAGCUUACUCAGCAAUCUAUUGCAAGCGAAAAUCUCAGUCUAUGCUACCAUAGGGCAAAUUGUUUUAUGGAUGCCUUGCCAUUUAACCUACUUUGACAAAAGUAAAAUCUACCAAGGCAUUCUGUAAAAAAAAGAACAAUGUAUGUACCUAGGACAUUAAGCAGAAAGCCGAUGUAGCCAGUAUCCCCAUUUCUGCAGAGAUCCUGCUUCUCCUCUCACAUGCACUGGUGCCACAUGCUGUUCCAUGGAGAUUUUUCUGACCACAUUUAACCAGAGAAUCAUCAUCUUCAUCAGGGUGAGCCAGAAAAAAUAAGCAUGUGUUGCACGUAUACAUACCAAACUACAGAACAAAUUCUGUUCAAUGAUGGUAAGUUCUUGCAAGACCAGGCAAGCUUAUAAGGGCUGGUACAGGGAGUUGAAUGCUUGCACUGCUACCAGCCACCUUCUGCAGACCAGCACGUAGUGGAACAAAAGUGAUUCUCUAGAGUGCAUCUCAGCAGUGAUGUGGUCAUGUGGUAUGGUCCUUUUGGUGUAGUUUGGCACACACUUCCUAGGUUCAUCAUUUGAAUGUAUUUUUCCAUUGGAUGUUACAGUAUAGCAUUGCCUACUUUCUGGAUUUAUUUAAGCUUUCCAGUUUUCUUAGCGCAGGAAGGGGUCCAGAUAAUUCAGCUGUUUCCACAUCGAGUGCCCUGUAAGUUUAAUUGGGAUCAACUUAAUUGCUGUUAGUCUCAGAAUCCGCUGCCAGGCCCUAUGUCCUAUUGGGUAGCUUAGCAUCUUCUGUAGAAGAAUCUUUUAUCCUACAAGGCAAUUGCAUGACUUGCAGAGGUCCCUUUCACUUUGUAAUGCCACAUAAGCAUUGGAUUGGGGAGUUGGGUUUUCUAAGCAGUAAACAGAACCAUGUGGUUGGAUUUUGCCCAGUAUAUUAUUUGACAGCUGAGGAACAUGUCAGAGCCUGCUUUGCAGAAGACUCUUAAAGCUGACAUACCAGCGUGCUGUUGCUGUACCCAGAUUUAUGG